AUGUCGAUGUUUAUGAACCCGUACGGGUCACAGGACGUACGCCAGGAGAAGAUAGAUAUAGCAGAAGUCCAGUUUGAAGCAAUGAACGUGACUUUCAACAACAUUCUAAAGACUUGUAUGGAAAAGUGCAUCCCGCACGAUAUCUAUAGCGAGAGUGAUUUGAAUAAAGGUGAAAUGUGUUGCGUAGACAGGUGUGUGGCCAAGAUGCACUACAGCAACCGUUUAAUCGGUGCACUCGUACAGAGCCGGAAUUUCGCACCAGAGUCUCACCUACCACACUACAAUAAGUACAAAACGCCACCAGAUAACUGA